AUGUCAGCCGCGGCGCAACGCGGGACACUGGCGCCUCUCCCAGAAAACCACCGGCUGGGCUUGAUCGUCUUGACGGCUUUCUCGCUUUUAUCAUUCGUGUCGACUACUGCCCUGUGGCUUUUCAUCUCGUACAAGCUCCUUUCAGAACGUUUAGAAGAGAGAAGGCGGAAGAAGCGAAGGGCCCGUCGACGAAAUGCAUCCGCCGCAACAGCUGCCGCCCCGCAGUUCCCCGACCUGUCCCUCGGGCUCGAUGCCCCAUGCUCCGGGGCCACCGGCUUUGAGCGUAUUCUGGAGCUGGACCGAUUAGCUGCGGAAGCCCAACAAAGACCGCCCGACACCAUUUCUCAAGAAGCCGAUGAAGAUGCCGAACCACAAGUGCGCAACCCGUUUCCGAUUCUUGUUUACAAUCUUUUGCUUGCGGACAUGAUGGAGGCCCUUGCAUAUGGGCUGAGCUCCUAUUGGGUAGCAGUUGAUGGUAUCUUUGCACCAUCAGGGGUAUGUUGGGCGCAGGGCUGGUUGGGGUCGACGAGCAACUUAGCGGCCAGUCUCUUUCUCGCAGUAAUUGCGGUGAACACUUUUUUGACUGUGGGGUUGGGUAUCAAGCCACCACCAUGGGCAGUUUACACGGCAAUUGCUGGGCUAUGGAUCUUCGACUUCAGCAUCAACGGAGCGGGGGUCCGGGUGGCUGAAGCGGACCCAGAGACUCCCGGCGAGUCCUUCUUCAUGAGAGCUAAUGUGUGGUAA